UGCAACCUUUCAGACUUAGUCCCCCCUCCCUCUCUUCGUCCUUGUUUCUUUCCCUUUUCUUGCAUAGCAGUCCUUCUCCUUGUCUUUUAUUUUCUUUGAAAAUAAUAUAAAAAAGCACUAAAACCUUUCUCUCCUCAUUUCUUCGAGCCCCCAAACAAGCCCUUCCCUUUAAUCUAACUCUUGAUUUAUUAUAUAUAAUUUCUUUAAGAAAAAAAACUAUUUUAAUCCAUUAUUUUCCCUUUUUUACGGCUGUCCUUUGUUGCUCUCGCAUGGCGGGUCUUGAUUUAGGCACUGCUGCUUCUGGCUACGUUCAACAUCUUCAAAGACCCGACCUUCACCUCCAUCACCAACCUGAACCUGAAGAUCACGAAGUUUCAAACAAUCGUCACGGCCAAGAUGAUGUUUCCCACCUCUGGAUUUAGUCAACGGUUCCCACUGAGCUUGUUAUAGCCCGUAGGCUCAGGGGUCGUCCACCAGGUUCUAAAAACAAGCCCAAACCUCCGGUCAUCGUCACUAGGGAGAGUGCAAACACGCUCGGGGCUCACUUACUGGAAGUUGGGAGCGGCUGCGAUGUGUUCGACUGUGUUGCCAACUACGCUCGGAGAAGGCAAAGGGGAGCGUGUAUACUGAGCGGGAGUGGUACGGUGACCAACGUCAGCAUUAGGCAACCAGCUACCGCUGGAGCUGUUGUUACCCUUCAUGGCAGAUUCGAAAUAUUAUCACUUUCGGGUUCGUUUUUGCCGCCGCCAGCUCCUCCAGGCGCCACCAGUUUGACAAUCUUUUUGGCCGGCGGGCAAGGUCAGGCUGUUGGGGGAAAUGUGGUUGGGGAACUGAUGGCGGCUGGACCUGUUAUUCUCAUAGCAUCGUCGUUUACAAAUGUGGCCUAUGAGAGACUCCCUUUGGAAGAGGAUGAUGACCAAAUGCAGAUGCAAAGCGGCGGCGGCGGCGGAAACAAUGGUGGUAACGUGUUUACCGAUGACGGUGCUGUCCCAGGUGGGUUGCCUUUCUUCAAUUUGCCACCCAAUAUGCGGCCUAAUGUCCACUUACCAGUUGAAGGAUGGCAAGGAAACUCCGGUGGUACAUAGCUAGGCCUGGGUUAGAUUUUAGGUUUUGUUUUUUUUAAUCUUUCCUUCUUUAUGGGAUUUUUGGAAUCUAUGAUUUGUGGAAAUGGUUCUACGACUUUGAUCCCCAUAAGAAAUAGUUUGAAGAUGAAUUAAAUAACUUUUCUUCAC